AAUAAAUAUGUUCCCAAAUCCCGCCAGUAAAUAAAAUGCAUGCAGAAUCCUCAAUCCUCUAUAAAUAACGUUGUGGCAACAACAUAACCCGCACACGAAUUCCAUCAACAUUUUGAUUUCUUAUUUUAUUAUUUCAUCAUCGUCUUCUUUCUUCAAUCAAUCAUGAUAAUAGAUUUGUACCACAAUAUCAUACGCAAUCAUCAACCAGAAAACGCCGGCACAAUCACAAUCAAUGCAAAGAUCGACGGUUACGAUUUGACAUUUACGAGUUCAUGUUUUGUCGAAGAAUUCCGCGUUGAACAACACAAUCUGUGUCACAACAAAGUAGCGUUUAAUGAUUUCUUGGUGGAUUCAGAGCUAAUUAACGAAGACGAUAUCCAAUCUGCGUUAUUUGAGCUAAUUCUCUAUGUUUCUGGAGUAACUUAUCCCUCAAGCGGUAACUAUUAUCCGGGGGAUGAUUUCCUAGUGUCCUUGCUUCUUUUCCCUGACGCUGAUCCGAUUGAAGAAGAGGAUGAGAUUGAAGAAGAGGUUUCGAUUGAAGAACAGGAUCAGAUUGAUGAAGCUGUCCGAGUUUCGUUGGAGGAGACCACUAAUAUCAGUUUGAUGAGACCCGCAAGCAAGCUCGUGGUCAAGUCUUUAGCCAGGAAAAUAUACAAGACGACCACUAGUUCUACGGGUGAAAGGUGCACAAUUUGUUUGGAAGAGUUUAAUGAUGGAAGAAGAGUUGUGACUUUGCCUUGCGGACAUGAAUUUGACGAUGAGUGUGUCCUAACGUGGUGUGAGACUAAUCACGAUUGUCCAUUGUGUCGUUUCAAGUUGCCAUGUGGAGAUCAAUGAACUAGUUUGGUGUUGUCGCCGGAGUCAUUUUCCGUUUUGUACGUACCCAAUGUAUUUUUCGAUGUAACCUCGUUCGUAACGCUCUUUUGGGCUUUUUUUUGUCAACAACUUUAAAUUAAAAGAUCGGGUCAAACCUUGUUCGUAACGCU